GCUCCGGCAUUAAUAUAUUCCAAUGUCCAAGUCUUUGCUCAAUCCAAGAGCUUUUCUCUUGCGUUGUAGAAGGGGUUACGCUACCUCCCCGCCUAUUGAUCAAUCACGACCUGCCACCGCUCCUAGACAGCGACCCCAGGUCGGUCAGAUCCAAAACAAUGUUGAGCUCUACGAACACAAUACACUGGUGCGAAAUUACCGCAGCCACCAAGAUGCGCCGCGAAAAAUUGCAAACAAUGUCAUACGGAUGGCGGAGCUUGACCAGCGCAUGAACGGGCCGCGGCGAAGAUUGAAAGAGCUGCAAAGACAAAUGAAUUCUACCGGAGGGGAUAGAGUUGAGAUUGUCGCUCAAAUGAAGUCGCUCAAGCAGGAAAUUGAGGAGUUCGAGGUGGAUUAUAGAGAUCUGAAGUCUGCGGCGUCCGAAAUGGCUCUGUUGUUGCCCAACUUGACUUCUGUUGAAACUCCCACCAACAAUGAGCCUCGUCUGCGCUCGUAUAUCAACUACGAUCCCAAGUACCCUCCCACAUACAGCACUUCUGCGGAUCAUUCUGUCAUUGGCGAGAAACUCCGACUACUUGACUUUGCAUCAGCGUCUAUGGCUUCGGGAUGGGGUUUCUACUACCUCUUGAAUGAAGCAGCUCUGCUGGAGCAAGCCCUGGUUCAGUACGCCUUCUCGGUUGCGAGGAAGCACGGCUGGUCAGCCGUUGCUCCGCCUUCUCUUGUAUACUCUCAUAUGGCUGCGGCAUGUGGCUUCCGACCACGCGACCAGAAUGACGAGCAACAAAUAUGGCAAGUCGCACAACCGGAACGAGAUGGUGGAAAACCAACCAGGAGUUUGGCGGCAACAGCGGAGAUCCCCUUGGCGGCCUUGUACGCUGGAAAGUCGAUCCGUAAGGAGGACCUUCCCAUUAAGCUCGUUGGGUCAAGCAGGUGUUUCCGUGCCGAAGCAGGUGCUCGCGGGGUGGAUACGAAAGGCCUGUAUCGUGUCCAUGAGUUCACGAAAGUAGAAAUGUUUGCAUGGACCGACUGUCCUUCUACUGGGGAUGAAUUGCCGAACGAAGAAGCAUGGACAGAGCACUCGAGCAAAAUCUUUUCUGAAAUGGUCGAUAUUCAGACGGAGAUAUUGUCUUCUUUAGGUCUGCCAUGUCGAGUCCUCGAGAUGCCCUCUUCGGAUCUUGGUGCCAGCGCAUAUCGCAAGAUCGAUAUCGAGGCCAUGUUUCCUUCGCGGAAGAAGAGGGAUGAAGGAUGGGGCGAAGUUACUUCCGUCUCAAUCUGUACUGACUAUCAGAGUCGGAGACUGGAUACGAAGAUCCAGGAGGCAAGCGGCUCGAGGCAAAAAUUUCCUCACACUGUGAAUGGGACGGCUGUAGCCGUCCCGAGAGUCCUUGCUGCUAUUCUGGAGAACGGUUGGCGCGAACAGGAAGGCUGUGUGGUCAUACCUGAGGUGCUUAGGGGGUAUAUGGGCGGCAUGGAGAAGAUCGGUCCACGUUGACAGGAUGUUUUUCCACGAUUUCGGGACCAUGCUGUUCCUUCUCACACCCGUCGCAGCCUUGUGGCUACCGGUUGAGAUCAUGCUGUCCGUUGCUUGACGCAGCAUCUUCACAUUGAAAUGUCUAGCUCGAGGCAGUUUCACACCGAGGCUACGCCCGCCUCGUAUUGUUAAGUGCACCUGUCCCAGCGUUCUUCACAGGGCUCUGCUCUCGAAAGGUAUGGCCCUGCUUGAAUCUUUGAAGCCAACAGGUUGUCAUUUGGGGGCGUCAUCAUGCUUAAUCGGUCAUCUUGACACACGAGCCAAGGCUGACAUAUCAACCUCGAACUUUGUCACCGAUAUGACUGUGUAUAUAGACGCAAGCCAUCAAGCGGGCUACAACCCGACCAAGAACUGCUCAGUUAUACCCAUAGGCAUGUAGCCACAAUUCCCGUGGCCCGGCAACGCUUGACAGUAUUGAUGAGUUCGAUGUCAGUCUCGCAAAGCAACCAGCAUGGUGAAUGAAUGCGACAAUAAUUUCGCAGAACUUGCGAAAGUGGU